AUGAACGAAACCGGGCUCUUUUACGAAUACGCACCGGAUCGGACAAUCGCUCAGUAUCAGCUUGAAGGUCUUAAAAUGAGCAAGAAAAGGUUCACAAUAGCGUUUACAGCCAACGCAGACGGAUCACACAAACUGGAGCACUUUUUCAUUGGCCACGCCAAGCAGCCGAGAUGCUUUAAGAAGAAGACGGCUUCACAACUGGGGUUCUUGUACCGGAAUAACAAAAAGGCAUGGAUGACUGGAAUGCUAUUCCAAAAAUGGCUGAAGAAUUUUGACGCCAAGAUGAAAGAAGCCAACAGGUCAAUUCUGCUCCUCUUGGACAACGCGUCAGGUCACAUUUCUGUGGAACUUGAGAACAUCGUGGUCUUACUUUUGCCGCCAAAUACCACUUCAAAGCUGCAACCUAUGGACGCUGGAAUAAUUGCUGCAUUCAAGCGGCGAUAUCGAAGACUUUACAUCCGACGAGCAAUUGACAUUGAAGAAGCCGGCGUCACUGAUCUUUACAAAUUGAACCAAUUGACAACUAUGGAUUGGGCAAAAGCAGCUUGGAAUGAAAUCACUCCUGUUACCAUCCACAAUUGCUUUCGGCAUGCUAAGGUAAGUAGACCUCUGCACACGAUAUCUCACUUAGAUCAUGUUAUGAAUGCACUCCAAGUCGCUCCAGAGGCUCAUGAGAAUGAGGAUGUCACUGAUGUGGAAGCAGAUGUUAUUGAGCAUGAGAUCGCUGCCGGCAUACAAGCUAUGUGCGUUGCCGCACCAAUGCCUGUGAGGGACUUCAUUAAACCUGCCGGCGAAGAAGAGAGCUCCCUUGAAGACCUCACAGAUGAAGAGCUGGUGCAAAUGUUGAGCAACGAAUCAACAGAAGAAGAAGAUCCAGAAGAAGAUCAAGUCACGGACCCGCCUCUGAAAACCACUAAAGAAAAGUUAUCUUACUUGACGGAAGUAAUGAAACUCCUCAGUCUCAGCAAUCCUUCCCAUGCCUAA